AGAACCAAUAAAACUAUUACUUAAUAUUUUAUUAAAUAACAAAAUUAAAAAUAAAAAAAAAAAAAAAAAAAAAAAAAAAAAACACUAUUCAUUGGUUGACACAAUUCGUGGAGACGGGGGACCAAUGGUCGCUCAGCCGAAAAAUGAAAGAAAAAAGAAUAGGUGUCACGUGGAGGAGAGCGAUCUUGGAUCCAAGCAUUAAGCUUAAGAUCCAAUAGAACUCAGAACCGGGGCCCACCCAUUUGGGUGUUACCCGCUGCAUCUAUAGCUCCAGUCUGCGACCUUCGUCUUCGUGAUGGACGUCGCUUGGGUGUUGAACGAGGGCCGUUAGUCACUCCACCAACCUCUCUCUCUCUCUCUCUCUCUCUCUCCAUCAUCCAUCAUUUUGCAAGACAAGCUAUUAAUAAUUAUGAUAAAACUAAUCAAGCAGUUAGAUGUCCAUGUCUUCUCUUAGUUGUACAUACCCAGCUCGCAGAAUCAAACCCCCUCCGCUUCCCUAGAAAUUAACGUUUAUUAGAGGCCCCAGAGAAUUCAAACUUAUGGGCGUUUUCAAGGUCCUCGUCAUGCUCGACAUUCAUUUUCUCUUCUUCUUCUUCUUCUUCUUCCACGGGAAACCUGUGUCUUCGGAAAAUGACAUAUUUUCAUUCUCCGUCGGCGCCCGCUCGAAUAUUGCUCAAAUUGACGUAUUAAAUUCAAACCCACCUCUCUCGCCGCAGCCCCACCCUCCCGACGAUCAGCAAAAGACCAACUUCUCUCCUCCGUUCAGGCCCGGCAUAGUAGUGAUUGUAGGCGUUCUAACUACCAUUUUCUCCAUUACGUUUCUCGUCCUCCUCUACGCCAAACAUUGCAAGAGAAGAAACGGUGUCAUUCACUCCGGAAAUCCGAACUCCUGGCGUGCCUCUUCCGCCGCGAGGAAGAACUCCGGCGUCGACCGCUCUGUGAUCGAGUCCCUCCCGGUCUUCCAAUUCAAUUCGUUGAGGGGGCACAAGGAGGGCCUUGAUUGCGCCGUCUGCUUGAACAGGUUUGAGCCUACCCCCACGGAACUCCUCAAAUUUCUCCCCAAAUGCAAACACGCCUUUCAUAUCGAAUGCCUCGACACCUGGCUCGAUGCACAUUCCACCUGUCCCCUCUGCCGCUCCAGAGUCAAUCCCGAAGACGUUCUCCUCAAUAUUGCCGGCGAUCCGAAGCCGCCCCUGCGAGAACCGGACGACAUCGUUGACAACAAAAGAUGCCGAAACGACGAGUUCAACGUCCGGCGAGUUUCCGGUAGGCACUCAUCGGCGGGUGAGCAAGGGAAUUGCGACCUUCUGCAAAUCGUUCUGCAGACGCCUGGGGAGAGUGCCGGUGCCGACACGGCGUCAUCCUCGAGAAGAUCUCUUGAUAGUUUGAGCUCAAUGAGAAGGAAGAACGAAUCCGCGACCGUCGAAUGCUUCGACCGGUCCCGUAAAGACGACAGGCUGCCGCUGAGACGGAAUCCUGCCGAUGCGGUGGUAGCGGAGACGAGAAGGCGGUUGGAGCACCGGAUUAUGGUCACCGACUCAGUUGGUGGGUUCCACCAGAGGUGGAGCGAUGUUCAGCCGUCAGAUCUGUUGUAUCUACGGUCGGAGAUGAUGAUGAUCAGUGGGUGCCAUCGAUGUUCGUCUUCGUUGGGAUCUCAGCCGUCGUUCUCAUCAAGGAGCCGACAGCAGCGUCAGAAACAGCAGCAGCAGCUGCCGUUAUUGCCUUUGAUCAGAAGGCGGGAGGUAGAGGAGGAAGGGGGAGGGGCAAGAAGCGUAAUAAACGAGAGAUGCGUGUCGGAAAUCACGGGUUUGAGUAGGUUCUCCAAUAGGACGAGUAAUAGCAGCCAUCGGCAGCAGCGACAGGCAGGGUUCGUUUGGAGAUGGAAGGCUUGGAUUUCCCCCUCGCGGCCAUCUGGACGGCUGGGCUGAAGUCCCAUUGUAACUUGGUUAUAUAGACGAGGACAAUUUAGUGCCAGGUCAAGAUUAGGAUGACUUAUUUUUAUGUAAUUAUUUUUUAAAAAAAUUAUUAUCCUAAUGAAAUGUGGGAUCCGUUUAAGCAAA